GCCAAGCCCCGCGCACCUCGCCUGGGGAUACGCGCGGCCCUCGGGCGCGCUCCGUGGCCCCGCUUGGCUGGAGCGCGCAGGCCCGCGCGCGCAGUCGCCUGGGACCUCCCGGCUCCAAGGAGAGGCGAGGGCUCGGUGCCGGCCGCUGGCGGGCGCGCGUCACCCUCCUCCCGCUGGUGCCGAGCGCCGGACGGGGACCCUGCGGCCACACCGUGGCCAGGGAGCUCGCCGCCUUCCCCAGCCGCUCGCCACUCCCCGGUCGGCGGGCAAAGCGUCCCGGACCUCCCCCGCACCGGGCCACCUCGGACGGCCCAGAGGCUCCCUCAGGUCCGGGAGACGCCCCCUGGCCCCCACCCCCGCGUAGCCCGGUCCGACCAGCGGGAGCCGCGGGAGGAGGAGGAGGCGGCGCCGCAAGGACUGUCUCCUCCCCGCCCCUCGCGUCUCCUCCCCGCGCACCGCCAGGAAGGACAAGGGGACUGGGCACGGGGACCCCGCCAGUGAGCGCCUGUGUCCCGGGGCCGCCCCUCGCGCGCGCCCUCUCGCCGCAGGCCGGGCCGAGCUCUGCUCACAUGGUGCUGGCCGCAGCCAUGAGCCAGGACGCGGAGCCCAGCGGCCCGGAGCAGCCGGACAGAGAUGCCCGCAGUGCGCCCGGUGCCCCGGCGCCCCCCGCGCCUCCCGGCCCGCGAGGGAUGCCACCGCCGCCUCCCCAAGCCGGCCUGCCCCAGAUCAUCCAAAACGCCGCCAAACUGCUGGACAAGAGCCCAUUCUCAGUCAGUAACCCGAACCCUCUGCUCCCUUCACCGGCAAGUCUCCAACUGGCCCAACUGCAAGCUCAGCUCACCCUCCACCGGCUGAAGUUGGCUCAGACAGCUGUCACCAACAACACUGCAGCCGCCACAGUCCUCAACCAAGUCCUCUCCAAAGUGGCCAUGUCCCAGCCUCUCUUCAACCAGCUGAGGCAUCCAUCUGUGCUCAGCACCCCCCACAGCCAUGUGGGGGUGCCCCAACAUGCUGCAACCAUACCCAGUGCCCGUUUCCCCUCCAGCACCAUCGCCUUCUCACCCCCCGGCCAGACACGAGGCCCAGGACCUUCGGUGAGCCUACCCAGCCAAACACCCAGUGCCAUGGUGAUGCACCCCUUCAGCGGGGUCAUGCCUCAGACCCCCGCCCAGCCAGCUGUCCUCUUGGGCAUUGGCAAGACUGGGCCUGCACCUGCCACAGCGGGCUUUUAUGAGUAUGGCAAAGCCAACUCCAGCCAGGCUUACAGCUCCGAAACUGAUGGGCAAGCCAGCUUCCUGCCCACCUCUGCCGCUGCCUCGGGCAGUGUGUCCUAUGAAGGGCACUACAGCCACUCAGGACAAGAUGGUCAGGCGACCUUUCCCAAGGAUUUCUACGGACCCAGCUCACAAGGGGGGUUGCAUGUGGCAGGGGGAUUUGUGGCUGAUCAGGCUGGGGGCAUGAAAGGCGAGGUGGGUCCCCUCUUACAGAGUACAAACAGCCAGUGGGAGAGUCCCCAUGGAUUUUCUGGGCAAAGCAAGCCUGACCUAAUAGCCAGCCCCAACCUGUGGCCUCCACCUCCUAGCCAGCCCUAUGAGCUGUAUGACCCCGAGGAGCCCACCCCAGACAGGACCCCUCCUGCCUUUGGGGGUCGACUCAACCACAGCAAGCAGGGUUUCAGCAGUGCCAGGCAGAGGACCAAGGAGGAGCAGGUCAUGCUGUCUGUGAGGCCACUGCAGGCCCACGAGCUGAAUGACUUCCACGGGGUGCCCCCCCUGCACCUGCCACACAUCUGUAGCAUCUGCGACAAGAAGGUGUUUGAUCUGAAGGACUGGGAGCUGCACGUGAAAGGGAAACUUCACGCUCAGAAGUGCCUGGUCUUCUCUGAAAAUGCUGGUAUCCGGUGUAUACUCGGUUCGACAGAGGGGACACUAUGCGCCUCUCCCAACAGCACCACUGUUUAUACCCCAGCUGGGAACGACGAUUAUGUGUCAAAUCUUGGAGCAUCGUAUGCAACCAUUCCAGCAAGAUCAUUUGCUCAGUCAAAUCCUCCAUUUCCUGCAGCUUCACUGGGAACUAAUUUUGCACAGCGGAAGGCGGGUGCUGGCCGAGUGGUGCAUAUCUGCAAUCUCCCAGAAGGGAGCUGCACUGAAAAUGAUGUCAUCAACCUGGGACUGCCCUUUGGGAAGGUCACAAAUUACAUCCUCAUGAAGUCUACUAAUCAGGCCUUUCUAGAGAUGGCCUACACAGAAGCUGCCCAGGCCAUGGUCCAGUACUACCAGGAGAAAUCAGCUGUGAUCAACGGGGAGAAGUUGCUCAUUCGGAUGUCCAAGAGAUACAAGGAAUUACAGCUGAAGAAACCCGGGAAAGCUGUGGCUGCCAUCAUUCAGGACAUCCAUUCCCAGAGGGAGCGGGACAUGUUCCGGGAAGCAGACAGAUACGGUCCUGAUCGACCACGGUCACGUAGCCCAGUAAGCCGGUCUCUGUCCCCAAGGUCCCAUACGCCAAGCUUCACUUCCUGCAGCUCGUCCCACAGUCCCCCUGGCCCUUCUCGUGCUGACUGGGGCAACGGCCGGGACUCAUGGGAGCAUUCGCCCUAUGGAAGGAGAGAGGAGGAGCGAGACCCAGGCCCCUGGAGGGAGAACGGGGAGGACAAAAGGGACAGGACAGAUACGUGGACACAUGAUCGCAAACACUAUCCGAGGCCGCUGGACAAAGCUGAGUUAGAUGAACGACUGGAAGCAGGCAGGGGCCACCGAGAGAAGCACCUUUGGUCUGGGUCCCCCAACCCACUCCACUCCGCCUUGGGCUAUAAAAGCCGUGAAGACAGCUACUACCGCAAGGAGUCCAAAGGGAAGUUGGACAAGUAUCUAAAGCAGGAUGUCCCUGGGAGAUCAAGGAGGAAAGACGAGGCCAGGCUGCGGGAAAGUAGACACCUUCAUCCUGAUGACUCAGGCAAGGAAGAUGGGCUGGAGCUGAGGAUCGCCAGGGCUAAGCAGAGUGAGAAAAAUAGAGCCAGGAAACCUGACAGAGACCAAGAAGGAGCUGGAGACGUAAAAGAAAGCAGAACUGCCAAGAAUGAGGCCGGAGAAGAGGAACAGGAAGGUAAAGAAGAAAGCCCCCCAUCAGUAGGCAGGCAGGAGAAAGAAACAGACUCCUCUGACACAGAAAACACCAGAACAAAGAAGGUGCCAGAUUGGGAGAGUGGAAGUGAAGGAGAAGGGGAGAGCUGGUAUCCUACCAACAUGGAGGAGCUGGUCACAGUGGACGAGGUGGGGGAGGAAGAAGACUUCAUCAUGGAACCAGACAUCCCAGAGUUGGAAGAAAUUGUGCCCAUUGAUCAGAAGGACAAAAUCUGCCCAGAAAUAUGUCCUUGUGUGACAGCCACCUUAGACCUGGACUUAGCCAAGGAUUUCACCAAGGAGGGAACUGAGACCAUUGGUAUUGGGGCUCCUGAAAUCAGCCUCAAGUUGCCCAAAGAAUUGCCUUCUGCCUCCACGAGCUCUCCUAGUGACAUGGACAUGGAAAUGCCUGGCCUAAAUCUGGACGCUGAGCGGAAGCCAGCUGAAUGUGAGACAGGACUGUCACUGGAGGGCUCAGAUUGCUACGAGAAGCAGGCAAAGGGAGCAGGGAGCUCAGAUGUUCGUCUAGUCCCUCUAGUCCAGCAAAUGUCUUCCCCCAAGCCAGCCGAGGAGAGGGCCCGACAGCCUAGCCCCUGUCCCGAUGACCACAAGACCAGGAGGACCCCCGAAGAUGGGUUGUGUGAAGGCAGCCCCCCGGAGGAGAAAGCCAGCCCUCUCACGGAACACGACCUCCAAAGCCAGGCUUGCCAAGGAGUGUUAACCCCGGAAAACUCCAAGUACCUGGAAAUGAAAUCUGUGGACACCAGCUCACCAGAAUACACAGAAGUGGAGCUGAAGCAACAACCCCUUUCUUUGCCUUCCUGGGAACCAGAGGAUGUGUUCAGUGAACUUAGCAUUCCUCUAGGGGUGGAGUUUGUGGUACCCAGGACCGGAUUUUACUGCAAGCUGUGCGGGCUGUUCUACACGAGUGAAGAGAUGGCGAAGAUGAGCCACUGCCGCAGCGCCGUUCACUACAGGAACUUACAGAAGUACUUGUCCCAGCUGGCUGAGGAGAGCCUGAAGGAGACUGAAGGGGCAGGCAGCCCGAGACCUGAGGACAGCGGAAUUGUGCCACACUUUGAGAGGAAAAAACUCUAAUGCACCUGCCACUACUGAGAGGAGGGCCUGGCAGCUUGGGGCCACCUAGCCUCCAGAACAGAAGAAAGCCCAGGAGGAAGGAAGACCAGACAGGCCACUGUGCCUGGGUUUGUUCUCAGAGACUCAUGAAAAUGCCUCUGGUGUGUCUGGCCCCUUGGGGUCCCCUCACCCUCUGAGGACUCUUGUUUGCUUCAAACAGUCCUUCAAUUUGUUUCUCUCUCUUCUCUUUUGCCCUCUUUCCAACCCUCCCUUCUUCUGUGCCAAAGCUCAUUUCCUUUUCAUAAAACCCAACUUCUCAGGGAUUUUCACAGUAUUAAAUUCUUGAUAGGAUAGGCCAGACCAGGCUCCGUCAGCCGUGGAAAGGACUUCAUGGAAACUUCUGGGUCAUGAGCCAUAUCGGUGACCUCAGAGGGGCUUCUCUACCUGGCAGCCUGGGGUGGGGGGCCUGAGUGGGGGCCUCCCAGCUUGGGGAAGGGGCACUCUUGAUAGCCAUGACCAUCAGCUGACAUAACCUGUGGGUUCCUUCAGCUGGACCACCUUUUUGAAAAACUCCUGUUAUGAACAAUUCCUUUGUCCUCUCAGUUACUCUGGGAGUCUGACCGGCUCAUGCCUUAAAGCAAAGCCAGAAUUUUUUUUUUCUUUCAAAGUUAAAGCUUUGCAGAAGAGGAAAAGAACCUUUCAUUGUAAAUACUCUUAAGAAAUCUGCCCCCCUCAGCCCCUUGGCCCCCCAGCCCCACCCUGUAUUGAUCUCCGUCCUCUUGAUUUCAGGAGUUUCCAUGGUUUGUUCUAUUCUGGACUGUGAAUUUGGCAUAGAUUCCCUUCAGUGAGAAAUAAAUGUAAACAGGGAUGUCUUCUCCCUCCAGUCCAACAGCACUUGGCAGGGACUCUGGUUGAAUGUUGACCUCCUGGCUGUGCCUCCAGAGAUGCAAACAAGGAAAUCAUCUGCCCUUGACUCACCCUUGAUGCCGGCAGCCUCACAGGGGUAUGGUUUUGAGUGGUCUCUUUCUUUGAGGAACAACCUAGAAAAAAAUAAAGAAAGACUAGAAAAGGCUGUGGAAAUGGAAGAGCGGGAAUGUUUAAGGUUUCCCCAGUGGUUUUUUUUUUUUUUUUUUUGGGGGGGGUGAAGGCCAAAGGAGUCUCAGAGCUGGGCCCCUGUGCAGACUGCUGUCAGAAGGCCAUGAAGAAAUAGCCCUGGUUCUCGUGGGGCUGGCAGAUACUGGGGUUCAAGUGCCUGCAGGCCCCAGAUGGGCUAUGGGCUCUCCAGCAUGAUGUCCCAUUGGAAGGCUUUAGGACAAAGGGUGCUAGGGAGGAAUGGAGCUGGGUCACAACUACAAGACCUCAAGGUCAGAGGGAAGUUGAUGCUUUUGCCAUCAGCCGAGAUACUGGCCUGUGGACCCUUCCCUGGCUCAGCCCCCAGAAGACAGUUCUUUCUGUUCCUGUUCCUACAGACAGGUAGCCUAGGGUGAGAUUGUUUGCUUUUUCUUUUCUUCUGCAUUUUUUCCCUUUUUCUAGCAGAUAAGAGUACACUGUACAUUCUGCCCCCUGCACCAGGGCAGGAAGGGUAGAAGAUGAUCUCAGUUCAGCACUGACGUGUUAUCAGGGAGGAAACCAAGACACAGAAAGGAAAGAAAUGUUGAACAUUCAAUGGUCUGAACAUUUGGGGUAGGUAGCCACUGUGAGGAAAGAGCUAUCAGGGCCUAUGAGGAGGAAAACUAGGGGCAGACGGUUCACCCUGAACAAUUGUGGUGAGAAGAAGCCACUUGGGGGCCUCUGAAAGGCUGGCCCCUCAAAUAGCAUAGGGCUCACAGCCGUGGCUCGGUUCACACCCACCUCCCCAACCCCCACCUCCACAGUUUUGUCCUGGCGUUUUGGCACCAGCUGAACUUUCUGUGUUCCAAAGAAAACCUCUGACCCUGUGUGUCCUUCUCCCCACUGGACAGAAGGCAGCAGCAAGCUGGCCCAGACCUUCCACCUGCCUCACCAGACCUUCAAGGGAAAAACCUACCGCCUCUAUCAGGGCCUGUGUCCCCCUAGAGAGGCUGACAGACUCUCCCCCACCCCCAGAAAAGUGGAAGCUGCCCUCCAGGAGCAAUUCCAUGGAAAUCUGGACAACUGUUCACACAGCCUCAUGCCUGAGCAAUGCAGUGGUUCCCUUGGUGAUGGACUGGCCAGCUCUGAGUUGGAAGGCUAGAGAGAGCUCCAGGGAGAAAGCACAGAGGCCCUCUCUCUGCCUUCAGUCAGAACCUUCAGUCAAAACAUCAUCAAAGAUUCUGUAUCUGCCUGUAAAUAUAUGUAUUUAUUUUUUAUUUAUUUUUAUACAACUCCAAUGGCAUGGUCCUCCCCCGCCCCACUCUAUAACUUGCACUUUUUAUUCCUACAUGUGUCAUAUACACUGCAGUAUGAGAGGUAACCAGGAAAAUAUUGAUUAAUUUUUUAAAGCUUUUCUUCAGUGUUGGUCAUUUGAAACCAUCUCAAAGUGUGUUUCCCCCUGCCCCCCCC